UGUCAACAUUAAUUGUCAAAAGUAACAUGUGGGCUUGUUCAACAUGUUAUUUACAAAACAAUUAUUAAAUACGUUUUAGAACUGAUUAUAAUAUUUUUUUAUAUGUUAUCAUUAGAAGUUAUUUAAUAAAAAUGGCGGAUAUUGUAGAAAAUCUAGAAAUAGAUAAAGAUACCGUAUCGGUAGAUGAACUAGAAAAAAUAUUUAGUAAAAAAUAUAACUUGCUGACUGAAACCGCGGUGACCCUAAAGAAAACAUACAUCAAUAAACUCAGUAUAAACAAAUCUCUCCAUGUAGCAGUCAGUUUACUGGAUAACAGUAUAGAAGUUUAUCAAGUCACUAAUUCCUCAUUAUCUAAAGUUUGCCGACUGAGUGGUCACCGGGACAGUCUUACUGAACUAGUGUUCAAUCCUAAGGAGGAGCAUCUACUGUAUUCGGCUGGUCACGAUGGAAUUAAGUUGUGGGACACAAGAACUAAUGGAUUGUGUGCACAAGAAUAUAAAGAUGAGCCGGAUGCCGUUCCUCGUCAGUAUGAGUGUAUGGACGUGUCGUGUUCGGGGCGGCUGCUAGCUGCGGGCAGUGCGCUUCAGGAGGACGACGCAUACCUUGUGUUCUGGGAUGUGCGGAACCCACAACCUCUCGGAGGUUACUGGAACUCGCAUACUGAUGAUAUAACACAGGUGAAAUUCCAUAAAGAAAAAUCCGAGAUACUUUCGUCGGGGUCUCUGGACGGUCUUCUUAAUAUAUACAACGUGCUGGAGGCGACGGAGGACGACGCGCUCACUUACUCACUGAACGUUGACAACUCCAUAGAGAAGAUAUCCUGGUUGAGUGAGGACGUCGUCGCGUGCUGCACUCAGUCACACGACGCACAGCUCUGGAACAGCUGUAGUGGAGAUCUGCUGCAGAGUUACGAUAGAGAGAAGAUCGCUCGAGGCAUUAAGAGACUGCGAGCUGAUGACUGCUACCUGGUCGAUAUGUUCACGUCUAGGGACAAAUCAACCGUUAUAUUGACAGGAUCCUACGGCGGGGAGGGAAAUCUUUUGAGGUCAGCGACCGCUGAGGACAAGAAGUUGAGACCAUCUUGUAACUUCAUAAAAAACAAACAGGUGGUGAGGUGUUUGGGAUAUAAUGCAGAGAGAGACAUAUUAAUAACAGCUGGCGAGUCGGGGCUGGUGACAGUGUGGAGCCCUGACGGACAAGGACUCUCUGAGGAGACGAACAAGAGGAGCCGAGGACAUAACAAUAGACACAGACCCUACUGAGGAACACACUCACACUAUACAUUAAGUAUAGUUGCGGUACUUCAUGGCCAAUCAAACAAGAUAAAUAUUGUAAAUAAGCUUAGUAUGCUGGUACAGUUGACUUAUAACAAUAAUAAAUAUCUUUUUUUAACAAUAGCAAGCCAUUUGAUUAAAGGAUUAUUUACAGUUUUAUCGUUGGCUGAGCUUGCACAGUUUAUACUUGUCAUGGAAGUUGAGGAACAGAAAAUAAAACUGUUAAAUCGUU